AUGAGCGACUCAGACAGUGUCGGAGAAUCAAGCCAUCCGAAGAAGACCGCACCAAAGAAGGAGAAGGCGUCACCGAAGAACAAGAAAGAUGAUGCCAACGAGUCGAUGGUUAUGACUGAAGAGGACCGCAAUGUGUUCACGUCGAUCGACAAAAAAGGUGGUGGCUCGAAACAAAUGGCGAUCGUGGAUAUCUACCAAAAGAAGUCCCAACUCGAGCACAUCCUCCUGCGUCCGGACAGCUACAUCGGCUCAAUCGAGCACACCGAGAAGAAGCCGAUGUGGGUCUACAACAUGGAGGACAGCAAGCUGGAGCAGCGUGACAUCUCAUACGUGCCGGGACUAUUCAAGAUUUAUGACGAAAUCCUUGUAAAUGCGGCUGACAACAAACAGAGAGAUCGGAAGAUGAACACGAUAAGAGUUACCAUCAACAAGGCGAAAAACGAGAUCUCUGUAUACAACAACGGAAAAGGAAUUCCUGUCACUCAGCACAAAGUGGAGAAAGUCUUCGUUCCUGAGCUUAUUUUCGGAAGUCUUCUCACGUCAUCAAACUUCGUCGGCAAUCAGAAGGCAAUGAUAGGAGGACGAAACGGAUAUGGAGCUAAACUCUGCAACAUUUUCUCCACAAAAUUCACUUGUGAGACGUCAUCUCGGGUCUACAAAAGUGCAUUCAAGCAAACGUGGAUCAACAACAUGACGCGUGAUGAGGAGCCGACGAUUGUUCCGAGCACCGACGAAGACUUCACGAAGAUCACAUUCUCGCCGGAUCUGGCAAAGUUCAAGAUGAAGGAACUUGACGACGAUAUCUGCCAUUUGAUGGCUCGGCGUGCCUACGACGUGGCGGCAACCUGUAAAGGUGUAGACGUCAUCCUCAAUGGAGAGAUGAUUUCAGUCAAGGGAUUCGAGGACUACGUGAAAAUGUAUACUUCACAAAUCACAUUUGAAGGAGAGCCUCUGAAGACGGUCUACGAGCAAAUUGGAAAUCGCUGGCAGGUGGCUUUGGCCCUUUCGGACGUUGGCUUCCAGCAAAUUUCGUUUGCUAACAACGUUUCCACCACAAAAGGAGGAAGACAUGUGGACCAUGUUGUCGACCAGAUGAUUGCGAGACUCAAGGGCUCGAUCAAGCAGGAGCUUUCAAAGGACGUCGAUCCAUUCAUGAUUGAAAACCAUUUGUGGGUUUUCGUGAACUGUCUCAUCGAGUGGCCAACGUUCGACUCGCAAACGAAGGAAAUGAUGACGCUACGGCACGAUCGAUUCGGAUCCACAUGCGCUCUGAGCAAGAAAUUCUGCAAAACGGCUUUACAAAUUGGCCUGAUCCGCCAAAUUUCCCGUGAAAUUGGUGUAGAUAUCCGAGAAAAUCUCGUCCAGAAAGCCUCGGAAAGCUCGCCAAUAAAGUGCAUUCCAAAGCUUGAAGAUGCCAAAGAAGCUGGAACCAAAACUUCCGAACGGUGCACAUUGAUUGUGACGGAAGGAGACUCGGCCAAAACGCUUGCUAUUUCGGGACUUUCCGUUGUUGGACGGGACAAGUUCGGAGUCUUCCCGCUCCGAGGAAAGUUGCUGAAUGUCCGCGACGCAAGUGUGAAGCAGAUCGCCGAGAAUGCUGAAGUCAACGCGAUGAUCAAGAUCCUCGGACUUCAGAGAGAUUUAAAGUACGAGUUUGAUGAUGAGUUCAGGACACUUCGAUACGGGAAGCUGAUGAUCAUGGCUGAUCAGGAUCAGGAUGGCUCUCACAUCAAAGGUCUCAUUAUCAGUUUUCUACAUCAUUUCUGGCCAUCACUGAUUCAACGGAACUUCGUCGAGGAGUUCAUCACUCCAAUUGUCAAAGCCACCAAAGGAAAAGAAGAAGUCUCCUUCUACUCGCUCCCAGAAUACUCUGAGUGGAGAACGAACACGGACAACUGGAAGUCGUAUAAGAUCAAGUACUACAAGGGAUUAGGUACAUCGACUGCCAAGGAAGCUAAGGAGUAG